AUGGGAGAGGCAUACAUCUUCAGCUUGCAGCCCACUUUUACUCAAGGUCUCAUUCUUGGACAAUUCUCCAUUCUCUUCCUCCUCGUGCUCAUUCUAAAGUAUCUCUUCUUCGAUACCGUUUCCGACCGCUCUUAUCGGACAUCUUCGUACCAGCCAAAGGUCGAAAGGGACGAGGAUGAGGAGGGCAUUGCGCUGAUUGCGGAGAGACUGGGUGCCAUGCCAGGUCUGGAGGAGAAGGAUGGCGGGAGCGGGAUGGAAAGUGCGGACUGGCUGAACGGCCUUCUACGUCAAGUGCUAGAAGCAUAUCGCAUAAAACUGCGUGGCAGCCUACCAGGAGCCGCAGGGGACGAAGUCGCACGGAAAAGAGUAGAGGAAUACGCGAACAAGUUGCGUCCACCAGACUUCUUGGACCCAAUCAAGGUGCAUUCCGUAGACCUAGGAGUGUCGGCUCCUCGUUUGUCUCGUGCACGCCUCAAGCAGACCACUUCGCCAGAAGCGGAUCCAGAGAUUGAAUUUGACAUGUCAUACGUGGAUACCCUUUCCGUCUCUAUCUCGACGUCCGUGCUCUUCAACUACCCCUUCCCGUCUUUCGCGCGCCUUCCAGUCUCCCUCACAAUAUCGCUCUCGCUUUUCUCAUCCUCCAUCGUCCUUACGCCCCCGUAUCCUCAAGCACAACACCCGACGAUCACCCUGACCCUCCCCUCGCCCGACACCGAAUUCACUCUCAACAUUCAGACCAAGUCUCUUAUGGGCAGCCGUGCGAAGCUCGCAGACGUCCCAAAGCUUCACGAACUCAUCACACAUCAAAUACGCAAGGUGCUGACAGAAAAGGGCACGUGGAAGGUUGUGUUGCCCGGUCUAGCCACCGUUAAUGAGAUCAAGGAAGAUAUUAUAAAGGAACGAGAACUUGCGGAGCACCUGGGGAACUAG